UAAAGUUAAGUGACAGAGCCUGAAGCUGUCGGUUGUUUUUGAUUGUGUGGUCGACAUAAUCCCGGCGAGACUUGAAUUUUGCUUGCUGUACAAUCGCUAAAAUUGGAAUUUUAACUGAACUGGCAAACAGACAGCCACUAUGGGUGCCGGUUCGAGCACCGAGGCCGAAAGGGAGCCGCUUCUCGUCCCUUCUUCUCACGCGGAGACAAACAAUCUGCCAGUAAACAGCAGAGUGUAUGGGAGAAGAUGGCUGGUUCUGACCCUGUUUCUGCUGGCACUUAUGCAAGGGAUGGUGUGGAACUUCUGGGGUCCCAUCCAGAACUCGGCCGUUCACUCGUACGGCUUCACCAAGUCGGACAUUGCUGUUCUGGUGCUGUGGGGCCCAGUGGGUUUCUUUCCCUGGCUGCUAUUUAUGUGGUUAAUGGAUAAAAAAGGUUUGAGGGCAUCCCUCCUCCUCUCGGCGUUCUUCAUGCUUGUAGGAGCCGCGCUAAGGAGCAUCCCACUGACAGACCAGCAUCUCAGACGAUGGUUGAUACACGGAGGUCAUUUUCUGAACGGUUUAGCCGGCCCAACUAUAAUGAGUGCUGGCCCCUUCCUCUCCACCACAUGGUUCGCCCCUGACCAGAGAGCCACCGCCACAGCCGUGGCCUCACUCUUCUCCUACUUGGGCGGCGCUGCUUCAUUUAUCGUAGGACCUCUGGUAGUUCCAGCCCCCAAUGACACCCUGGCAGUAUCCACGUUGACAGCAGCGGUUUCCGACAGCUCCAUCCGAGACAGGAUCCAGCUGGUUAUGUAUGCAGAGUUGGUUGCAAUUGCUGUGCUUUUUGCAGCAGUCCUGCUCUAUUUCCCAUCACGGCCACCGAUACCUCCCAGUGUAGCUGCGGCAAGCCAGAGACUCAGCUACAGGAGCAGCAUCUGCAAGCUCCUUAGUAACCAUCGGUUCCUGAUGAUAGCUCUGGCCUAUGCAGUCCCCACAGGAGUGAUUGCUGGCUGGACGGGAGUCCUUGACAUGGUCCUCACACCAGCUAAAGUCAGCCAGGUGGACGCAGGUUGGAUUGGUUUCUGGUCAACUGUUGGUGGAUGUGUGUUUGGAGUAGCAAUGGCCAGGUUUGCAGACUCUAUUCGGGGGAUGCUGAAGCUGAUUCUGGUGCUGAUGCUGGCAGGAGCCUCACUGUCCUCUACCUGGUUCACACUAACUUGUCUGACUAGAGUCACUCACCUCCCCUCCACUGCAGCCAUCCUGUACACGUCCUGCAUCCUGGUGGGCAUUUUCAUUAACAGCAGCGUACCAAUAUUCUUCGAGCUCUUCAUCGAGACGGUGUACCCGGUCCCCGAAGGCAUCACCUGUGGAGUGGUCACUUUCCUAGGGAACCUCGUCACCGGUCUGCUCCUCUUUUUCCUCAGCUUUUACUGUACAGAGCUGUCGUGGUUGAACUGGUGUCUGACUGGCUCCUGUCUCUUCAGCCUUGUCCUCAUCCUCUUCUUCAGAGAGUCUUACGACCGCCUCUACCUGGACGUCUUUGUCUCCGUGUGACACUGCUGAGGGCAAAGACACGACAACUUAAUAAUGGACUGAAUAAUUGUUUUUGCACAAAGAAGAGCAGAAGGUGCGAGAUGAAGGGAAAGCGGAGAGCCCACAUUUCUUUUUUUUUUUUAGAUUUUAGAGUGUAAAUAUAUAUAUUGGUAACAGUGGUUAUGGACUGCUGUUGUAUGGCUGCAGAGAAGCGAAGUGAUUCUACACCAGUGUUUGCUCUUUAUACGUGAUUGACUCAAUGCCAUAAGACUGUUUAACAUAUCAUUACAUGUCUUUAUUUGUCAGUCUAUGUUUGUAUGUAAACAAACUUUUGUGAAUGGUUUAAUUUUCUUAACCAGGCACGGCAUGUCGGACUGUUAGUAAUAGUUGUUGUUUACAGAUACUGUAAUAUUUAAAUUUGUACUCUCUGUCGCCCCCGUGUGACUGUUCGGUUCACUGUUCCUUGAUCGUGUCUUAUGUAACUGGACGUUGACUCAAGGCUUUCAAGCUGGAUGCCGCGCCGACUCCAGAUCAGCAUUGAGCGUCGGCCCAUAACGAGGAAGUGGGUGAUUAUAAAAGGACUGCUUCAUCAGCCAACCAGCAGGCCUGGCUGUGCUGAGUCGGGGGCUAAAGGCGGGACCUUUUUCUUUUUAGUGCUGCUCCAACCUACAGGCUGACUCACUUAACUGGCCCAACGUUGUUAAGUGACCUGUGAUACUGCUGGUCAUUGAGAGGCAGGUACUAAAUUGUGUUUUAUUGCCCUCAAGAUGAAUAUUAUGCAAAAAUGAUCUACCAGAUAGGUGAUUGGAUUCUGGCCAAAGAUGCGGGCUGGGACUGGAUAAACCCUGAGUUUUUUCCUCACCAAUGAACUGUUCACGUGGAAGAAGCUGAGUCACUUCAUAUUUCAGAAGUUGUUCAGCCUAUUUAUGAUUAAUUUCUGGGACAUUUGCCUUUUAAUCUAACUCAAUAAUGGAAUUUUCUUUUUUUUUUUUUUUUACAGUUUUUUUAUUUGUUUUCCUAAGUAGCCUGCCAGUAUUUAUUGGAAAUUUCUGAACACUAACACAGUUAACACCUAGUUUCACUGAAACAGGAUGUUUGGUGAAUAUUUCGACCACAGCUGAGGCACACGGAGGGAGAUCAUUUUAUUGGACAGACACAAGGAUUACGGUGUGUUGUAGUUGCCAAGCUGCUCUUCCUCCAAAGCACCAGCAGGUGUCUCUGCGCCAACUGAGAGUCUGCAGAUAAAAAAUGAAAUACCUUAAGGGAUUCCUUGACUGAUAAAACUGGAGCUGUGACAAAAACUAGCUCCUGAUCUGGAGGUACAUAACCACAAAGAAACACGUCAAGGGAAAUGAAAAAUGUCACUCAGACACAUUUUUUCUGUGUCCAUGAUUUCCCUUUGCCUCUUUGUCUUGCGCAGCAGCAAUACAAAGGGUUUUAAUGUGUUUUCCUCUGGGGUCCAAGGAGGCUCUGUAAUGUGUUCCCUGGAGCUUGUUUUUUGUUUUGUUUUUUACUCUUACUCUCCUUAAUGGAAAAGGUUGUGUUUUACCUUUUUAACAUGUUGCCUUAAUUGCCCAGUGAAGUGCGUUGAGCCUGCCUGUCUUCUACACUGUGACUAUUUUGUCUGUAUAUAAUGUUAGAGGGUUGUGUUCUUCUGUUCCACAGCACAUACUCUGUGGUUUCCCAACUUUGUCCUUGUUAUGUGGAAAGGAAAAACAACAAAUGUGUCUGUUGAAUAUUUCCAGCACCUUAAUAAUCCUUUACCUUAAAAAUAAACAUUCUUAAGAUUAA